CAAACUAUGGAAUAUAUUUAAGUUGAGCUCCAUUUGUUUUACAUGUAUUGCAAGGUGGAAGCAGAGUCAGAGAAAACAUGGAGUCUUACUGUCCCCAUCAUUCUUCCAUCCAAUUGUUAAUCACACCGCACAAAAAGGGUCCACCUUCGUACGCCUCGGUUUGCACAGCUCAACUCAUCUCUGAAAUUAAUAAUCAACAAAAUUGCAUAUGCUCCAUUAAUUAUCUCUGAAUCCCAGAAUACCGCGUGGCGUGUGAGCAUAUUAAAAACAAAAGCAUGUUAUUAGGUACUUACUUUUCCCCGAUAAUAUUGAGCGAGCCAUCCGUAGAUCUAACCAAAGCCAACGAUUCUCCCACUGCAACUUGAAAACAUCGUAUACGACAAGAGCAUUUUUAUGUCUGUUGGUUAUUUUGUUUUACUGGCUUAAGCGGUGAGAUUUGAAGCAGGAGGGGUUUGAAGACGGCUAGGGUUUUAAAAGGCUUGCAGAAACUGGAUUCUCAAUCUCAGCCUUGAUAUAAAAUGGUGUCAAUGGCUCUGUUUUGACCUCAAAUGUGUUCUGUUUGUUGCCAGUAGGACCGAACGAGUUUUUUCUUUAUUUGAAUGUUGAUCUGGGCUUUAUACGCUGCAAUUUCGUAAACGUUGUGUCAAGCGUGAAGAGAACUGAAGUGAUCAAUUGGACCGGAUCUUCCUGUUACUACGACUACAAGGUCGGCCGCAGAGUCGAACUCGAGACCGGCUGUGGAAAAGCCAUCCCAGGUGGGCCGUACAUCGUGGGGCGUCAGUACUUUAACACCACAGCAAUUUUGACGGCCAAUGGAGUCUUGCGUUUUAAGAAAUUGACGAUUCCAUGGCCUCGGUGCGUGUGGCUCAUUAUUCUUGUUUAAUAUGUUUAUGUAGUGGGACAAUGAUGGCAUCUAUUUUGCUUACCUGCUAAAAGGUUUGCCGAGAUAAAAGUAAGAAGGCUCUAAAGGCAAGCCACCGCCUGUUUGAUUGAACAGGAAGCAGAAAGGUGCGUGGUAGAAUAUUUCGAGGGCCAUUUUACUUGUAGCGAGUGCUAUGGCCCCUUUUGUGCUAAGCUUGUGGGUAUCUGGCAGAAUUCGAUUGCUUCAUUGCUUAUUUGAAGGGCACGCUUGAAGUUGGGGAAGCUGCAAGUAUGGAUUUGUUUGGGAAUAUGAUGGAACCUUGAGCCUGUGCAGAUUUUUGGCAAUUGAGCGCCAUGAGAAAAUCGAGAGAAAUGUCUCCAAAAUCAUGGAUUCUUUUUUUGGCUAUGUGCAAGAUAUUGUUGCUGCUGCUGUGGAAAGGGAUUGUUGGUUGCAAAGCUGAAAGUAUUGGACUUUACAAGCAGAAGGUGGAGCGAGGGGUAAAGACUCUUAAGUCACAUUCUUGUAUACAUGAUGAUAUACUAGAACAACGCCGUCGUUUUGGACAGAGGGAGUAUUCUGUAACUCCGCAGGUCUAUGAUGAUGAAUCUGGGUUUGCCAGAAAUCACAGGAAACGUAGGGGACUGUUGUCCAUUGACAAAAGGAAUUCACCACUAGAGAAAAAACAGCCAAUCAGGAUAUUUUUGAACUAUGACGCUGUGGGGCACUCGUUGGACAGAGAUUGUCGGAAUGUUGGAGACAUUGUGAAGCUAGGGGAGCCACCCUUAAGUUCUGUGUCUGGAGUGCCUGUUUGCAAUUCACGUGCAGAACCUCCAGUUUAUGGUGAUUGCUGGUACAACUGCACUUUAGAAGAUAUAUCAAGAGAAGAUAAGCAAAAAAGACUCCAUGAGGCACUUGGUGAGACGGCAGAGUGGUUUAGAAGGGCUUUGGUAGUGGAACCUGUAAAGGGUAAUCUCCGGUUAAGUGGCUAUUCUGCAUGUGGUCAGGAUGGUGGAGUGCAGUUACCUCGUCAAUAUGUGGAGGAGGGUGUUGCAAAUGCUGAUCUAGUACUCCUAGUAACAACUAGGCCGACGACUGGAAAUACUCUUGCCUGGGCUGUGGCAUGUGAACGUGAUCAAUGGGGCCGUGCUAUUGCUGGUCAUGUAAAUGUAGCACCUCGACAUCUUACUGCUGAGGCAGAAACAUUGCUUUUUGCCACUUUAAUACAUGAGGUCAUGCAUGUUCUAGGCUUUGAUCCACAUGCCUUUGCACAUUUCCGAGAUGACCGCAAGCGAAGACGAGAUCAGGUUGUGACACAGUCCAUGGAUUCAAAACUUGGUCGAAUGGUGACUCGAGUUGUGCUUCCACGUGUCGUCAUGCACUCGAGGCUGCACUAUGGGGCAUUUUCCAGUGAGUUUUCUGGUUUAGAACUUGAAGAUGGAGGAGGAAGGGGUACAGCAGGAUCACAUUGGGAGAAGAGACUUUUGAUGAAUGAGAUAAUGACUGGCUCUGUUGACACAAGGUCUGUUGUUUCACCAAUGACACUAGCUCUUUUGGAGGAUAGUGGGUGGUAUCAAGCAAACUAUAGUAUGGCUGAACAGCUUGAUUGGGGCCGACAUCAAGGAGCUGAUUUUGUUAGUUCUCCCUGCAAUCAGUGGAAGGGGGCUUACCAUUGUAAUUCUUCACACUCUUCAGGCUGUACUUAUAAUAGAGAGGCUGAAGGUUAUUGCCCAAUUGUAAGCUAUAGUGGCGAGUUGCCACAGUGGGCUCGCUAUUUUCCUCAGCCCAAUAAAGGUGGCCAAUCUUCAUUGGCAGAUUAUUGUACAUAUUUUGUAGCAUAUUCAGAUGGUUCAUGCACUGAUACAAACAGUGCACGACCGCCUGACCGUAUGCUGGGAGAAAUGCGUGGUCCUGAUUCCAGGUGCAUGGCAUCAUCUUUGGUUCGAACAGGAUUUGUUCGAGGAACUCAAACACAAGGCAAUGGUUGUUAUCAGCAUCGUUGUCGAAAUAAAAAAUUGGAGAUUGCUGUUGAUGGUAUAUGGAAAGCUUGUCCUGAAGCUGGUGGAGCAAUACUCUUUACUGGUUUUAAUGGGGAGUUAUUAUGCCCUCCUUAUAAUGAACUUUGUGGGGAUAAUUCUUUGACCCUACAUGGUCAAUGCCCAAAUUCAUGUAACUAUAAUGGGGAGUGCAUUGGUGGAAAAUGUCACUGCUUUUUAGGAUUUAUUGGCAAUGACUGUAGAACAAGAACUUGCCCUGCAAAUUGCAGUGGGCAUGGUACAUGCAAUUCAAAUGGAGUAUGUGAUUGUGAACUGGGUUAUACAGGAACUGACUGUUCAACUGCUGGUUGUGAUGAGCAAUGCAGCUUACAUGGAGGUGUUUGUGAUAAUGGUGUUUGUGAGUUUAGGUGCUCUGAUUAUGCAGGAUAUACUUGCCAAAACAGCAGUGUUCUAUUUUCAAGUCUCUCAAUGUGUGGAGAUGUCAUGGUAUGGGAUGUAGGAGGUCAACACUGUGCUCCAAGUGAACCAAGUAUUCUGCAGCAGUUAGAAGCAGCUGUUGUUAUGCCAAACUAUAACAGGCUGAUUCCCAGUAGCCGCAUACUGUUUGGUAUUUUGGAUAAUGGGUACUGUGCAGCAGCAGCAAAGCGUCUGGCUUGCUGGAUAUCUAUUCAAAGAUGUGACAAAGAUGGUGAUAAUCGAUUUCGUGUAUGCCAUUCGGCAUGCAAAUCAUACAAUGCAGCAUGUGGUGCCCGGCUGGAUUGUUCUGAUAGGACUCUAUUCAGUAGUGAGGAAGCGGGGGAAGGACUCUGUACAGGAGAUGGUGGUCUUCGCCCAUGGUGGCAACAACAUUUUAGGACACUAUUACUUCUGGGUUUAAUUGUCACUACAGUUUGCUUUUUCCUGGGUGCAAUUCGACAUAUUUACCAAAGCUUUUCAGUUGCUAAUAGAGAUGUGGACUUGCAAGGGGCUUAUGUAUGCCUCAAUGGUGUCCCCAUACAAACAAAUGAUCGCAAUAAAGCUUUUGGAAAUUUUCAAUCUUUAAGGCUAUGCUUAUCAUUUUAUGCUAACCGAGCUUUUGGACAAAGUUCUAAACUAUUUGAAAGUUUAUUCAAGCGUAACAUAGAUUCAUAGUGGUCAUCUGCACUUGGAAAAAGUGAAUAUGACCUUCCAUUUUUAACUGAGGCCCCAUUUUUGAGUGGCACUAAUUGGAGGCUGUGAUGUAGCUUUCCAGAUAUAGCAGUGGAGCCUGUCAGAAAUUUGACCGGGCUUACGCCUGUAAAAUGAUAUUUCAAAAAUAGAUGUCAAUUGUAUUUUGCAAGGAUGUGUAAUCAAGAUCACAUUUUUUCAGGACUUCAUAUGUGAUGACUUGGGUUUUCUUCCAAGCCCGAUUUCCUGGCCUGGAUUGCAUGGACAAAAGACUAGAAAUUGUACGUCCAGGUAUAUCAAGAUGAGGAUUGUGAGGAUGCUUCUACUGUAAAGUUCAUUUUGAUUGGUUCUUGUGAACGAUUUAGCUACUUCUGUUCUCCUGAAGGGUACACAAUUGUCUGUUUUGCUGUUGCUCACGAUCAUGGUUUUUUUGAA